AUGAUAGCUUUUCAAGUGGGAGGGAACGAAGGCCAAAUUAAACACACACUUCGCAACGGUAAGCUGAUGUCGGAUUUCUCUUCUGUUUUAUUAUGUGUCGUGUCUAAUUUUAACUUCAGUAGGCACGUUAAUUCUGUGGGGUUGGAUUUGAAAAUAGGUCGAUAGAUUAAGAGCUUUACUAUCCGGGCAUAGGCUUCCUUAAGCCCCUACUUUAGAAGGUAAUUUCUUUAGACAGAGCAACAUAGCAUCAGCUACAGUACCUAGCAAAUUGUACAGUCGUUGAGCAGCAGGUUCAUUCAUCAAGCAAAUAUGGAGUGGGCUAAUCAAUUAUGCGUGAGUAAUCAAUCAUCAGUCGAAGUUAGAAAGAGAUGUUUUAAAUCUGAUUUGUGCGGUUCGAUUUUGCUUGAUACAAGUUAGCUUUUAAGAUGAACGAGAGCUAAACCGAUGAAAUGCUAACCAAUCUGGCUAGCUAGCUAGCUAGCUGUUGUUGGCUAUUAAUGUUUGUUAGCAAUGACAAGGAGGAAGUGUGAAAAUGUGUAGCUAGUUAUGAUAACAAUAGUUUGCCAGGGUUUUUAACACUGUACAUUAUCCACAUAGGUCAUAGCUAAGUAGCUAACUACAGGGUAUUCACAUAUUUGUGUAUGGCCCCGCGUUAAACUAGCAUCUGUUGUUGAAAUUGAUUAGUACCAGGCUAGCUACAUUGUUGGGUUUAAAUAGAACUCACAAGAAAGGCAUUUCACUGUACUUGUGCACGUGACAUUGUAACUUGAAACUGUUGUAACUAAGUUGCUAGUUAGCCAAUUAACUAACACUAUUAGUAACCUAGCUGUUAGCAAACUAAUUACAAUCUGUCAAUAGCUUGAUUUUGACAGCUGUCAAAUGGCUCCUGUUCGCUGGCAGAGAUACCACGCAGUGUUUGUCAAUUUCAGUUCAUUUACUAGAACUUGACAAAUUUCCUAGCUAGGUAGCUGUUGAAAAUAUUGAUUAAUUUACAGAAAAUGGUGUCUUUGGGGAAUAAUUUACUUCACGCUAGAUGCAGAGUCAGUCAUUGUUUUAGGCCACAUUUGCAUUAUGACAGCUGGCCGUUGACUGCUAGUUGCCAUAACACAGCAAUUAGCCCUGCUGUUAGCGUUUUUUAUUUUAUAUUUAUUUAACUAGGCAAGUCAGUUAAGAACAAAUUCUUAUUUGGCCUACACCGGCCAAACUCGGACGACGCUGGGUCAAUUGUGCGCCGCCCUAUGGGACUCCCAAUCACGGCCGGUUGUGAUACAGCCUGGAAUCGAACCAGGGGGUCUGUAGUGACGCCUCAAGCACUGAGAUGCAGUGCCUUAGACCACUGCGCCACUCGGGAGCAAUUUUUCAGUUGAUAUAUUUAUUCACAAAGGGCCACAGAUCUGAUUGUCAUGAUACAGUUAUAGUUUAUACCUUCACUUUGGAUAUAGGCAAGACGUUUUAUUCAUGCGCCUCAAUUCAAUAAGAUUUUAACUAGCAUAACUCUAUCUAAGAUUAACCUAAAUAUAUUUGUUCCUCUGACUCUCCAGCUUCUGAAUCAGAUCGACUUUUAGUCCCAGGGAAUUUGAUGAGGGUCCUGUCAAAUGAACCACCACCACCACACAGCACUGCAAUUUACAAACUUGUCCAGACAGUGUGGUAGGCAGCAACAUUGUUAUCAAUGCCCGACCAGACAGCCUCACAACAGGCAUUGUGCUCUCAGCACUAUCACUUUGGGAGCAGGGUGUGAUAACAUGGUAGUAAUUUGUGCCAUUUUUCUUUUACUCUGGUUGUUUUGUAUGUCUAAAUGAUUUUUCAUACAGUCAAUACAUUUGAUAUCCAUAGGACUACCUCAUGCAGGAAAAAAGUAAGUACUAGAAUUGGGUUAAUGUUGAUGGAUGAAAUACUUGAGUCAAUGCACUGGCUACUCACAGCAUCAUUCAUAUUGCAUCAACAUGUGAGAUCCAUUGCCCAAUCUCAUCCUGUAGUUCUAAAGUUGGGGGGGGGGUUAAUCCAGUGAAAUAAGAGACAAAUGUUUUUGAUUUCACAGGAGCUUUGUUACUUUCAAAGCCUGCUACUUUGCAGUGUUGUUUUUUUGUGCAGAGAACAGUCUUUUUUUCUUAGUGGGAAGAUCUUUCGCAUAAAGGUGGUGGAUCAAGUGUGGUAUUCAACAACAGGAAAGGGAUAUUGCUGUGCGCUGCAGGGCUCCAGGACUGCAGACUGAGUUUCCGUGGACUCCAAAGGACAGCUCCAGUCAGAGGCUGGCUGAUUAAGUAGUCCUAUAUGCUGACUAGGAGGGUUUUAACUUUUUGGGGGGUCGUCGACCAAUGUGUUUUUACACAUUGUCCAUUGUGUUAUCUCAUAAAAAAUACAUCACAGCCAAGUGUCCAAAUUAUGAAGACAGGACUUCCUUCUAUUUUGCCUGCACUUGCACUUCUACAGUUUCCUGUCUUCUUCGCGGAUCCCUCUCCUUUUAGGAAAAAUAUACCUUGAGCCUGUUUUUCUCUUUUCAUUCUUUCUCUCUCUUGCAGGAGAACCGGCAAUUUGGAUCCAAGAUGACGGACUCUAAGUAUUUCACCACUACCAAGAAAGGUCUGGUACACCUUUUGACUUUCAAAAGUUAAUUUUAAAUAUGUAUUUGUUUUUUUUACAGCAUCAAAAUUAAUUCAGAGUUGCUGUCAAAAUUAUGGAAACAGGCUUCAUGACCCCGCUGAUGGAAAGAGCCACCAUGUGUAACAAUUGUUGACUUAGAGAAUGUUAUAGAGAGAAUGUUAUAGAAAUGAAUUGCUCCCAACCACAAACUGUCAAAAAAAUAUAUGUCAGCUUCAGGGUAUUUGCAGCGAAGAGAAAGCAACAUCAUCAAAACAAGUAGAAAACAGGGCUCAGCAGCAGCUUGGCUGUGUGUGUUUCAUGUGUUUGGCUGAUGAAAGCAGGAAUAGAACAGCUGAGGUUGUCCUCUAAAUAAGAUUAGGGGCCUCAGGCUUUAGCACUCCUUAAGUUAGCCCUCCUGCUGUCCCUCCGGCUUUCCCCGGCUGUCUUCCUCCCUCUGCAUCCUCUCUCACCUCUCCAAAAACAGCCCCCAAACAGCCAGUCAAUCACUACCCUUCAAUCACUACCAUUCAAACUGAUAUAGUGCUUAUGAAGGAGACUUGUCUCCUCAUGUCUGUUUGCCUUGUAUGAGACAUUGGAGUCAGAAGUGCUGCAUAAGCAUCCCUUCGCUUUGUUUUAUUGUCCGUCAGGCAGAUGAUCAUCACGACUGUCUGUGUCUGUGUGUGGGUGUAGGUGUGAGGGAGGCUCAUUAAUGGGUUUUCUACCCUUGGAACCAGGGAGAAGUUGGGCUCAAGGUUAAGCCCACAGACAGAGUGGUUUUUGUGAGAGUAAAUACUCCUAGAGAGAAGCUGAACUGAUCUGUAGUGUUACGUGAGGACAGGCUGCACUGAGGAGAGGUUGAAGUCCAGCCUCUACUCUGUCUGUGUUUGUCUUUGCACCUACAUAUACAGUUGGCCCUACAAAUAGAGCAGGUCUGCAGACGUAUCUUGGAGAUGUGCAGUGUUAUAUAAAAAAAAAUAUAUAUAGAAAAUAUAUAUAUUAACCCAUCCACCACCACCCCCCUCUUUGAAGGACACAUAUUAUUUUUGUUUUUACAGCUUUUCUGCUGCAUAUACAUACACUACCAGUCAAAAGUUUGGACACACCUACUCAUUCAAGGGUUUUUCUUUAUUUUUACUAUUUUCUACAUUGUAUAAUAAUAGUGAAGACAUAAAAACUAUGAAAUAACACAUAUGGAAUCAUGUAGUAACCAAAAAAGUGUUAAACAAAUCAAAAUAUAUAUUUUAUUUGAGAUUCUUCAAAUAGCCACCCUUUGCCUUGAUGCCAGCUUUGCACACUCUUGGUAUUCUCUCAACCAGCUUCAUGAGGUAGUCACCUGGAAUGCAUUUCAAUUAACAAGUGUGCGUUCUUAAGUUAAUUUGUGGAAUUUCUUUUCGUCUUAAUGCGUUUGAGCCAAUCAGUUGUGUUGUGACAAGGUAGGUGGGGUAUACAGAAUAUAGCCCUAUUUGGUAAAAGACCAAGUCCAUAUUAUGGCAAGAACAGCUCAAAUAAGCAAAGUGAAACGACAGUCCAUCAUUACUUUAAGACAUGAAGGUCAGUCAAUACGGAACAUUCCAGGCUUUGUCGUAGCCGGCCGCGACUGGGAGACCCAUGGGGCGGUGUACAAUUGGCCCAGGGUAGGGGAGGGAAUGGCCAGCAGGGAUGUAGUUCAGUUGGUAGAGCAUGGCGUUUGCAAUGCCAGGGUUGUGGUUUCGAUUCCCACGGGGGGCCAGUAUGAAAAAUUAAAAAAAUAAUGUAUGCACUCACUAACUGUAAGUCGCUCUGGAUAAGCGCGUCUGCUAAAUGACUAAAAUGUAAAUGUAUUUCAAGAACUUUGAAAGUUUCAAGCUCUAUGAUGAAACUGGCUCUCAUGAGGAUCACCACAGGAAAGGAAGACCCAGAGCUACCUCUGCUGCAGAGGAUAAGUUCAUUAGAGUUACUUACCAGCCUCAGAAAUUGCAGCCCAAAUAAAUGCUUCACAGAAUUCAAGUAACAGACACAUCUCAACAUCAGCUGUUCAGAGGGGACUGUGUGAAUCAGGCCUUCAUGGUCGAAUUGCUGCAAAGAAACCACUACUAAAGGAUACCAAUAAGAAGAGACCUGCUUGGGCCAAGAAACACGAGCAAUGGACAUUAGACUGGUGGAAAUGUGUCCUUUGGUCUGGUGUCCAAAUUUGAGAUUUUUAGUUCAAACCGCCUUGUCUUUGUGAAACGCAGUGUGGGUGAACGGAUGAUCUCUGCAUGUGUAGUUCCCACCAUAAAGCAUGGAGGAGGAGGUGUGAUGGUGUGGGGGUGCUUUGCUGGUGACACUGUCUGUGAUUUAUUUAGAAUUCAAGGCACACUUAACCAGCAUGGCUACCACAGCAUUCUUCAGCGAUACGCCAUCCCAUCUGGUUUGGGCUUAGCGGGACUAUCAUUUGUUUUUCAACAAGACAAUGACCCAACACUCCUCCAGGCUGUGUAAGGGCUAUUUUACUAAGAAGGAGAGUGGAGUGCUGCAUCAGAUGACCUGGCCUCCACAAUCCCCCGUCCUCAACCCAAUUGAGGUGGUUUGGGAUGAGUCGGACAGCAGAGUGAAGGAAAAGCAGCCAACAAGUGCUCAGCAUAUGUGGGAACUCCUUCAAGACUGUUGGAAAAGCAUUCCUCAUGAAGCUGGUUGAGAGUGCCAAGAGUGUGCAAAGCUGUCAUCAAGGCAAAGGGUGGCUAUUUGAAGAAUCUCAAAUAUAAAAUAUAUUUUGAUUUGUUUAACACUUUUUUUGGUUACUACAUGAUUCCAUAUGUGUUAUUUCAUAGUUUUGAUGUCUUCACUAUUAUUCUAUAAUGUAAACAUAAAGAAAAUCCCUUGAAUGAGUAGGUGUGUCCAAACUUUUGACUGGUACUGUACAUUUUACAUAUGGUACUUUUAUAUACAAUAAUACAUUACCAAACAUGAGCUUUUUAAUCCCACCCCUCAACCACUCUCAGCCCAUCCCACCUAUCACCGUAGACCACCCUCUAUGGAGUGUUGUUUAACCAAGCUUCAUCCAGUGUUUAAUCAAUUCUAGGUCAACCGUAUCUCUAUAACAAUACAUGUGUUCAUGUCAUGAAAUUAAUUGUAAUCAAAGUAACAGCAGUGUGUGCAGUGCACCCUUCACUGACUGGUUAUAUUACACACACCAGUCUUGAUCUAAAGAAUUAUGCAUGACUACUCCACGUACACACACUUUUGCUAUCUGUUAUAAUGGUAUGUUCUGUGCAGGAGAGAUCUUUGAGCUGAAAGCCGAGCUGAACAGCGAUAAGAAGGAGAAGAAGAAGGAGGCUGUGAAGAAGGUCAUUGCCUCCAUGACCGUUGGGAAGGAUGUCAGGUGAGUUCUGUUAGACCUGUGUCAAAAACUCAUUGUCAAAAGGUACGCUAUAACAUGGUCCAUUGCCGCGCUCGGGUGGCACCGUGUCACCUCUGAACAUGUGAGAAUGCCGUGGAUAGUCAUGGCCCAUACUGACUGCUCCCGCCAUAGGGAACCUAUAUUUCACUAGAGUGGCUGAUGUCAUAGACCUUCAUGAUUCUAUAUGUCAUUCUAUGGCACCCCCUCCCCUAGUGCCCUGUUUCCAGACGUGGUGAACUGCAUGCAGACUGACAACCUUGAGCUGAAGAAGCUGGUCUACCUGUACCUGAUGAACUAUGCCAAGAGCCAGCCCGACAUGGCCAUCAUGGCUGUCAACACCUUCGUCAAGGUAAAGCACAACACCAGGGCAUACGGCACUGACCUAUUGCACAAAAUAUUUUUCUCACUGUCAAGUUAGAGAACUGUGGUAACUACAUCUCGAUACUCUUCAGUGUGUUAAAAACGAACAUAGAGACUCUCCUCCCCCUUCAGGACUGUGAGGACCCUAACCCCCUGAUCCGGGCCCUGGCUGUGCGUACUAUGGGCUGCAUCCGCGUGGACAAGAUCACUGAGUACCUGUGUGAGCCUCUGAGGAAGUGUCUGAAGGACGAGGACCCCUACGUGAGGAAGACUGCAGCCGUGUGCGUCGCCAAGCUCCAUGACAUCAACGCCCAGCUGGUGGAGGACCAGGGUUUCCUGGAUACCCUCAAGGACCUCAUCUCUGACUCCAACCCCAUGGUGAGGCUCCCACGGCAGGCUGACCAGACUGCUAGACUACCUGCCUCUGGGCUAGACUACUGGCUAUAGUACUACUUUUCACGAAUGGGAGGUUUUACCAGUAUAGAAAAGGGCACUUGCGGUAUCAGAUUUGUAUCGCUGUUUGGCAAUGAAUUCCUUCCGUCAUCUCAUUGCCAUCCACUAGGGUAUGUGUUCUUGCAGUCUAACUGACCUACUCUCUCGCCCUCUCCUUCUGUCAGGUGGUAGCGAAUGCCGUGGCAGCCCUGUCUGAGAUUGCAGAGUCCCACCCCAACAGCAACCUGCUGGACCUGAACCCCCAGUCCAUCAACAAGCUGCUGACGGCCCUCAACGAGUGCACCGAGUGGGGCCAGAUCUUCAUCCUGGACUGCCUGGCCAACUACACCCCUCGCGACGACCGCGAGUCCCAGAGGUCAGAAAGCACAGGAUGCCACCUCAUUCAUUACACUGUCUCUGACGCACUGAUUCUCCCUGUCAGUGUCCAUAUCAUCUGCUGUAUAUGAGGUGUCAAUUUCCCCAUAAUCUGUACUCGUCCCUCGUCUCAUCUCCGUCCUCCCCUCCCGCUCUCCUGCUGUAGUAUCUGUGAGCGGGUGACCCCCCGUCUGUCCCAUGCCAACUCUGCGGUGGUGCUGUCAGCGGUCAAGGUGCUGAUGAAGUUCAUGGAGAUGCUUCCUAAGGACCUGGACUACUAUGGCACCCUGCUGAAGAAACUGGCCCCUCCCCUGGUCACCCUGCUGUCUGCAGAGCCUGAGCUGCAGUAUGUGGCCCUGAGGAACAUCAACCUCAUCGUGCAGAAACGGUAGGAAGGCCUGGGGAGAGAUAGAGGGCCUACCAACAGAAAUGAGUUAUUCAGAUAAUUACAGCUAUUCAGUGUGUGCAGUCCAAAUGACACUCUAUUCCCUAUAUAGUGUGCUACCUGGGCCCUGGUCAAAAGAAGUGCACUAUAUAGGGAAUAGGGUGCUAUUUGGGACCCUGCCAGUGCUUCCUCAGCACAUUAAUGUGUUGGCUGUAUUCUACUAAUUCCACCAUUUAUUGAAAUUACAAAUUACUUUUCUUUUGAUAUCGACCGUACCUGUUUCUCUGUGCAGCCCAGAGAUCCUGAAGCAUGAGAUGAAGGUGUUCUUUGUGAAGUACAAUGACCCCAUCUAUGUCAAGCUGGAGAAACUGGACAUCAUGAUCCGCCUGGCAUCUCAAGCCAACAUCGCCCAGGUGACCCACACACACACACCACAAUCCCAUUACAGUUACAACCUUUACUUCCAAUGGAAGCCAUGAUGUUUGAUUGUAAGUAACAUUUUGGUAGGUAACAUGGACAAGCAGUAAUGUGUGAUUCCUAGACAACAUAAAAGCCAGUAUCAGUGACCCCAUGCUGGUGGUUUCAUAGGUGCUGGCAGAGCUGAAGGAGUAUGCCACUGAGGUGGAUGUGGACUUUGUGCGGAAGGCAGUCCGAGCCAUCGGCCGCUGUGCCAUCAAAGUGGAGGUGAGAGAGAGAGGGAGAGAAAGAGAGAGAGAGAGGAGGAGAUGUAACACUGUCAUGAUGGAAGUGAUGCAGACAAUUACAUUGAUGGAAGUUACAAUCUAUCUGCAAUAUUAAAGCUGAUCUACCCCCCCAAAAAUUCUAUAAAAAAAAAACACUGUCAUGAUAUACUGUACACGGGUCAUAUACUGUAGUAUAAUGUUUCAAGUCAAAUACAACAAACCCUCAAGCUAACUGUAGUGUUUUACUGCUAGCCUCAUGACUGUGUGUCAUGAGUUUACUGCAGCAUGUGUAGUAUAAAUGUCCAUGAAAGGUUGGGGCUUUUUCAUGCUUGUGAUAACAAAAGCCUGAAUAAUGCCAUUUGUUACUGUAGUGUCUCCCUUGACUGCUCUGUGUUUGGCUGACAGCAUCUCUCCUGUCCGUCUCUGUCUGUGUCUCUCCGUCUGUCUGUCAGCAAUCAGCUGAGCGCUGUGUGAGCACCCUGCUGGACCUCAUCCAGACCAAGGUCAACUAUGUGGUGCAGGAGGCCAUCGUGGUCAUCAAGGACAUCUUCCGCAAGUACCCCAACAAGUAGGUCACCUAUUUACCUGUUGAUGGCCCCCCAGGUCUAGGCAUGGUUAUAACACAGUGGCAUAGGGCUGUGGGCAAAAGUAAUGCACUACAGUGCAUUCGGAAAGUAUUCAGACCCCUUGACUUUUUCCACAUUUUGUUACGUUACAGCCUUAUUCUAAAAUGGAUUAGAUUGUUGUUGUUUUUCACAUCAAUCUACACACAAUACCCCAUAAUGACAAAUCAAAACAGGUUUUAGAUUUUUUUUUGCAAAUUUAUAAAAAAUAAAAAAAACUAUCACAUUUACAAAAUAUUCAGACCCUUUACUCAGUAUUUUGUUGAAGCACCUUUGGCGGCGAUGACAGCCUCAAGUCUUCUUGUGGAUGACGCUACAAGCUUGGCACAUCUGUAUUUGGGGAGUUUCUCCCCUUCUCUGCAGAUCCUCUCAAGCUCUGUCAGGUUGGAUGGGGAGCGUCGCUGCACAGCUAUUUUCAGGUCUCCAGAGAUGUUAGAAUGGGUUCAAGUCUGGGCUCUGGCUGGGCCACUCAAGGACAUUCAGAUACUUGUCCCAAAGCCACUCCUGCGUUUGUCUUGACUGUGUGCUUAGGGUCGUUGUCCUGUUGGAAGGUGAACCUUCGCCCCAGUCUGAGGUCCUGAGCGCUCUGGGGCAGGUUUUCAUCAAGGAUCCGUUCAUCUUUCCCUCGAUCCUGUCUCCCAGUCCCUGCCGCUGAAAACAUCCCCACAGCAUGAUGCUGCCACCACCAUGCUUCACUGUAGGGAUGGUGCCAGGUUUACUCCAGACGUGACGCUUGGUAUUCAGGCCAAAUAGUUAAAUAUUGGUUUCAUAAGACCAGGGAAUCUUGUUUCUCAUGGUCUGAGAGUCCUUUACGUGCCAUUUGGCACACUCCAAGCAGGCUGUCAUGUGCCUUUUACUGAGGAGUGGCUUCCACUCUAGGAAGAGUCUUGGUGGUUCCUAACUUCUUCCAUUUAAGAAUGACGGCCACUGUGUUCUUGGGAACCUUCAAUGCUGCAUAAAUUUCUAUGUGCCCUUCCCCAGAUCUGUGCCUCGACACAAUCCUGUCUCGGAGCUCUACGGACAAUUCCUUCGACCUCUUGGCUUGGUUUUUGCUCUGACAUGUACUGUCAACUGUGGGACCUUUAUAUAGACAGGUCCAAUCAAUUGAAUUUACCACAGGUGAACUCCAAAGUGGUGGAGAGAUUGACUUCAUCACUACUUGAAUUUGUGAGAGGUGUUGACAUGUUGAAUGCACCGAGCUGUCCGUUUGAACUACUGGCACACAGCUUGGACACCCAUGCAUACCCCACAAGGCAUGCCACCGGAGGUUUUAAUUUUGCUGGACCCCAGGAAGAGUAGCUGCUGCCUUGGCAGGAGCUAAUGGGGAUCCAUAAUAAAUACAAAUCAAGUUGUAGAAACAUCUCAAGGAAGAUCAAUGGAAACAGGAUGCACCUGAGUGCAAUUUCGAGUCUCAUAGCAAAGGGUCUGAAUACUAUUGUAAAUAAGGUAUUUCUGAUUUUUAUUUUUAAUACUCUUCUAAACCUGUUUUUGUCAUUAUGGUGCAUUGUGUGUAGAUUGAGGAUUUAAAAAAAAAUGUAUUCCAUUUUAGAAUAAGGACGUAACAAAGUGUAAAAAGUCAAGGGGUCUGAAUACUUUCCGAAUGGAGAAAAAGAUGCCAUUUGGGGUGAACAUAGUGAGAUGGACAACAUGAGGCGCAAUCCUGAUAAUCCAGUUAGUGUUUUGUUUUCCUAUGAAUGGAUUUUCAAAUGGUUUAGAAGUGAAUGACUUCGAUGGAAGAGGCACUGCAUAUAUCACAAUUUGAAUGAAUCAGUGAAUGAGUCUACCCAGGAAGACAGUACAGUUGUAAAUAGGGUAGUGUUAUUUUUCUGUGGGUGAGGUGUUUACUGGUAAACCAUUCCAACCAUCAAAAUGGAUUGUCUGUCAAAUUUCCAUAGCCGUAUCAGUAGUGAUCAAGGCAACCAGAUAUAUAGUGCUGGAGUAAACCAACCAUGGACAAUUGUGAUGGAGAUUGAUAUUCAAUGUGUCAUAUAGAGGCUUUAUUGCACAUUAGCAGAGCUUGCUAUGCUUGUUAAAAUGGCCUAUACACUCCCCUGUUGUCACUUAGUACCCUCUAUUUGUAUUAACGCAAGCAAAUGCAUUCAUACUUGCACAUAUGCGCACCCACACACCCUGGAGCCAUGUCUGUUCCAGCUCACUACCCCCAGAUCACAUUUUCUUGGUCUGGAAGAGGCAGGGAGAAAGCUCAUUACCAUGACACAGAGGGUUUUCUGCUUGACUUUCAUCGUGAAAGGUAUGAAAUAUGAGCUUUUGAGGCGAGUGAACGCUACUCUAGCCUCUCCCACAAAUGCAGGGUGUCUGUCCUUGAGAAUGCCGUAGUGCUGAAACCCUUCCCCUGAUAACCCUCAAGCAGCCACAGUCAGAGAAGAGGGCAGGCUGAGGCGGCUCUAUCUAGGCCCAGGAGACUAGAUCCAUAUGCUACACAGACAAACAGACCAACAGAAACGUAUACCCUCCUGCAGCCCACGUCACGCUGUGCUUUCUUAACUUACUGUACUGCUGUUUCCUGAACAUGACCUCACAGCCAUGAGUCAUUCAGUGAACCUGCAUUGCUGUCUCAAUUAGCUGUUGAAAUGGAUGAUUGCAUGCUAUUUGGUCUUUCUUUGCUUUGUCGUCUUUUUAAGUGUUAAAUAGUGAAUCAUUAAAAUUUAUUCGGAAGACAUUGCGUUCCCUCUAUUUUAGUUUUUGUCAGCAAAACGUAAUUCAGAAAAUAACACAGUUCAUCCAGCAUGAAGUUUGGUAAUUGUGUUGUCAGGAGGGCCCACAAAAUAUUUGUAUGAUGUGCAGUCAUGUAAAUAUUCAGUGGCACACAAUACAAAUGUGCUAGAAUUUAGUGAAGUGAAAGUUCAGAAGCUCUGAAAUUUGUUAGUCUCCGCAACAGCACGAACCGAUUGUGUUGCUUUGCCAUUUCUACAUUUUUUACUGUCCCAACGCUCUUAACCGCUAGGUUACCUGCCGCCUCCUUGCCCUCACAUUACUGCUCCAGCACAUCCUGUUCAAGUGCUAUGUUGGCAUUUAUGCAACUACCAUUCUCAAGAGGAAUGCUACACCUCAGCAGUGUAGAGUCAAUUACAUUUUAUAUUCAACUGACAACAAUUACGUUGAUAAAUAUUGUAAUACCAUUUUUUUAAAUUGCCGCAAACCAAUUUCCCAUUUGGGACUAAUGAAGUACUACAACUAUUUGUAGUCCCCUUUGAAAAUGUUUUUCUGUCUGUGUGGGGACAAUGACUGGUAUUUGGUCAUUAGUUCCUAACCAUGGUGUCUGUUCCCAGGUAUGAGAGUGUGAUCGCCACGCUGUGUGAGAACCUGGACUCUCUGGACGAGCCGGAGGCGCGGGCGGCCAUGAUCUGGAUCGUAGGAGAGUACGCUGAGAGGAUUGACAACGCUGACGAGCUGCUGGAGAGCUUCCUGGAGGGCUUCCACGACGAGAGCACCCAGGUCUGACUCGCACACACUCACAUAUGGGCUUUGUCCCAAAUGCAGUCCGCCCCAAUAUCUUCCAGCAUACACAGAAUGGUUCCAUUGAAUCGCUGUUUAGACAGUGAGAGGUAAAUGGUAUCUCGUCUGCUUCCCAAAUUUCACCCUAUUCCCCAUGUAGUGCACUACUUUUGACCAGGGCCCAUACAGGGAAUAGGGUGAAAUUUGGGAAGCAGACGAGAUACCAUUUACCUCUCACUGUCUAAACAGCGAUUCAAUGGAACCAUUCUGUGUAUGCUGGAAGAUAUUGGGGGCGGACUGCAUUUAGCAGCCUAUACACAGAGAGAGUAGGCCUAUACUUGACUGGCCACUCUGUGAUUUCAUAGAAUAACUGUUGUUUUAGCUCUCGAGGGGCAGCAGGUCUGUGAAGAUGCUGACUGGCUGUUUAUGGAAUGCUGAAAGGCACUGCUUGUGAAAGAGCAUUGAUUUUAUUUACUUUAGGAAUUCAAUCUAUUUGUGAUGAAGAUAAAAAUACAACUGAAGAAUUGUGGAGAGACAUUUAAAUGCCUACUUUGUUUCCUAAAAACUUCUAACCAGAGUCCAGAUGAUGAUGUAAAAAACAUGACACUUUAAUUGGAGCACUUCAGUAACAAUUGAAAUAUGGAGUGGUUGGUAUUCAUUUACAUAUUUUCCUCCUCAGUGGCUCUGUGUAUAAAGAGUAGUCUUCAGUCCAGAGUAGUCUUUGUUAGUUGCGCAAAUGUUGUUCUGUACAUAGGGCUUCUCUGUACUGCAUGUAUGUAUGCAUGUACAGUGGAGAGAACAAAGCAUGUAGAGGUCUGUAAUUUUUUAUCAUAGGUACACUUCAACUGUGAGAGACGGAAUCUAAAACAGAAAUCCAGAAAAUCACAUUGUAUGAUUUUUAAGUAAUUAAUUUGCAUUUUAUUGCAUGACAUAAGUAUUUGAUCACCUACCAACCAGUAAGAAUUCCGUCUCUCACAGACCUGUUAGUUUUUCUUUAAGAAGCCCUCCUGUUCUCCACUCAUUACCUGUAUUAACUGCACCUGUUUGAACUCGUUACCUGUAUAAAAGACACCUGUCCACACACUCAAUCAAACAGACUCCAACCUCUCCACAAUGGCCAAGACCAGAGAGCUGUGUAAGGACAUCAGGGAUAAAAUUGUAGACCUGCACAAGGCUGGGAUGGGCUACAGGACAAUAGGCAAGCAGCUUGGUGAGAAGGCAACAACUGUUGGCGCAAUUAUUAGAAAAUGGAAGAAGUUCAAGAUGACGGUCAAUCAACCUCGGUCUGGGGCUCCAUGCAAGAUCUCACCUCGUGGGGCAUCAAUGAUCAUGAUGAAGGUGAGGGAUCAGCCCAAAACUACACGGCAGGACCUGGUCAAUGACCUGAAGAGAGCUGGGACCACAGUCUCAAAGAAAACCAUUAGUAACACACUACGCCGUCAUGGAUUAAAAUCCUGCAGCGCACGCAAGGUCCCCCUGCUCAAGCCAGCGCAUGUCCAGGCCUGUCUGAAGUUUGCCAAUGACCAUCUGGAUGAUCCAGAGAAGGAAUGGGAGAAGGUAAUGUGGUCUGAUGAGACAAAAAUAGAGCUUUUUGGUCUAAACUCCACUCGCUGUGUUUGGAGGAAGAAGAAGGAUGAGUACAACCCCCAAGAACACCAUCCCAACCGUGAAGCAUGGAGGUGGAAACAUCAUUCUUUGGGGAUGCUUUUCUGCAAAGGGGACAGGACGACUGCACCGUAUUGAGGGGAGGAUGGAUGGGGCCAUGUAUCGCGAGAUCUUGGCCAACAACCUCCUUCCCUCAGUAAGAGCAUUGAAGAUGGGUCGUGGCUGGGUCUUCCAGCAUGACAACAACCCGAAACACACAGCCAGGGCAACUAAGGAGUGGCUCCGUAAGAAGCAUCUCAAGGUCCUGGAGUGGCCUAGCCAGUCUCCAGACCUGAACCCAAUAGAAAAUCUUUGGAGGGAGCUGAAAGUCCGUAUUUCCCAGCGACAGCCCCGAAACCUGAAGGAUCUGGAGAAGGUCUGUAUGGAGGAGUGGGCCAAAAUCCCUGCUGCAGUGUGUGCAAACCUGGUCAAGACCUACAGGAAACGUAUGAUCUCUGUAAUUGCAAACAAAGGUUUCUGUACCAAAUAUUAAGUUCUGCUUUUCUGAUGUAUCAAAUACUUAUGUCAUGUAAUAAAAUGCAAAUGAAUUAACACGUCUCUCACAGUUGAAGUGUACCUAUGAUAAAAAUUACAGACCUCUACAUGCUCUACACAAUUCAAGUUGACUGUGCCUUUAAACAGCUUGGAAAAUUCCAGAAAAUGAUGUCAUGGCUUUAGAAGCUUCUGAUAGGCUAAUUGACAUCAUUUGAGUCAAUUGGAGGUGUACCUGUGGAUGUAUUUCAAGGCCUACCUUCAAACUCAGUGCCUCUUUGCGUGACAUCAUGGGAAAAUCAACCAAUACCUCAGAAAAAAUUGUAGACCUCCACAAGUCUGGUUCAUCCUUGGGAGCAAUUUCCAAACGCCUGAAGGUAUCACGUUCAUCUGUACAAACAAUAGUACGCAAGUUUAAACACCAUGGGACCACGCAGCCGUCAUACCGCUCAGGAAGGAGACGCAUUCUGUCUCCUAGAGAUUUUUGUGCGAAAAGUGCAAAUCAAUCCCAGAACAACAGCAAAGGACCUUGUGAAGAUGCUGGAGGAAACAGGUACAAAAGUAUCAAUAUCCGCAUUAAAACGAGUCCUGUAUCGACAUCACCUGAAAGGCCGCUCAGCAAGGAAGACGCCACUGCUCCAAAACCGCCAUAAAAAAGCCAGACUACGGUUUGCAACUGCACAUGGGGACAAAGAUCGUAGUUUUUGGAGAAAUGUCCUCUGGUCUGAUGAAACAAAAAUAGAACUGUUUGGCCAUAAUGACCAUCGUUAUGUUUGGAGGAAAAAGGGGGUGGCAGCAUCAUGCUGUUGGGGGUGAUUUGCUGCAGGAGGGACUGGGGCACUUCACAAAAUAGAUGGCAUCAUGAGGAAGGAAAAUUAUGUGGAUAUAUUGAAGCAACAUCUCAAGACAUCAGUCAGGAAGUUAAAGCUUGGUCGCAAAUGGAUCUUCCAAAUGGACAAUGACCCCAAGCAUACUUCCAAAGUUGUGGCAAAAUGGCUGAAGGACAACAAAGUCAAGGUAUUGGAGUGGCCAUCACAAAGCCCUGACCUCAAUCCUAUAGAAAAUGUGUGGGCAGAACUGAAAAAGCGUGUGCGAGCAAGGAGGCCUACAAACCUGACUCAGUUACACCAGCUCUGUCAGGAGGAAUGGGCCAAAAUUCACCCAAUUUAUUGUGGGAAGCUUGUGGAAGGCUACCUGAAACGUUUGACCCAAGUUAAACAAUUUAAAGGCAAUGCUACCAAAUACUAAUUGAGUGUAUGUAAACUUCUGACCCACUGGGAAUGUGAUGAAAUAAAUAAAAGCUGAAAUAAAUCAUUCUCUCUACUAUUAUUCUGACAUUUCACAUUCUUAAAAUAAAGUGGUGAUCCUAACUGACCUAAGACAGGGAAUGUUUACUAGGAUUAAAUGUCAUGAAUUGUGAAAAACUGAGUUUAAAUGUAUUUGGCUAAGGUGUAUGUAAACUUCCGACUUCACCUGUAUGUAGCUAUGAGCUGAGUUGGCGUGAGUAGUAUGAGGGAGUUUGACAUGGUCUCGUCUGCUCUGGGUUCCCAGGUGCAGCUGCAGCUGCUGACAGCCAUAGUGAAGCUGUUCCUGAAGAAACCCACUGAGACCCAGGAGCUGGUGCAGCAGGUGCUCAGCCUGGCCACACAGGUGAGUGCCCCGGGACACACACAUACACAGUGAACAGCAGGGAUCUAAUUAGCCAGUCUCACAACAGCACUCCUUAUGCCAGGGCCUUCAGGCCAUGUCAGAUGUCACUCCAACCUCCCAAUAGAAGAACAGAAACCAGCAUGUUAUGAUUGUCUUGACUUUGAAUUGCUCAAAGUAAGUUAGAGAGGUGGGAAAUGUAUAGUCCAAUCUUUCAACAACUAGGCUACUCCAUCCCCAGAAAGCGUGGAACACCUCCAAAUAUUAUCCUAAAUAGGCCAAUCAGCACAACAGGAAGAAGGGAAGGUCAAAAAUAAGAAGGAUUAAGAAAUUGAUUGUAUUCUGCUCAAAGGUAGUUUAACCCAGUUUAAAAGUGGGCUGUGAUCUAAAUACUUGUAGCCUUUCAUUGGUCUAGUUACUGUCGGUUGUGCUUGACUAAACCUGACAACGAGGGCACAUUUAGUUAUUAUAUAUGGGUCUUAUUAGUGUAUCUCUGUUUUGCAGAGUGUUCUAUGAGUAGUUAAUCUCCCUCCACAGACUCUCCUCAGACUGGGAGUUGUCAUUAACUUUGGAGUUUAGUGCCAGGGGAGUUUCAACACUGCCAGGAAGCUACCAGGACCAGAAAUAUAAAAUAUAAAAUAUUUUCCCCACGUUCUAGUUUUAUGCCCUUGUUCCUCAUGUCUUACUUCUAAGGCUUUCUUAUGCUGUUCUCUAGGAUUGUCUUAUUGUUAUUGACUGGCUGACAGAGUAAAUUAUUCUAGCUCUACCCCUCAGGGAAGUUAAACUAAACUGACCCUUAGAUUAUUUGCUUAGUAUCUGACAUAAAUGAGAAGAACAGACUGAGUAGCAGAGAGAAUAGUCUGUGAAGCAGCAGUUAGUAUUUAUUAUGCACCACCUCAGUCCUCCCCUCUAUAUGUUGUCUGCAGGACUCUGACAAUCCGGACCUGCGAGACCGUGGCUAUAUCUACUGGCGCCUGCUCUCCACUGACCCUGUGGCUGCCAAGGAGGUGGUGCUGGCUGAGAAGCCCCUGAUCUCGGAGGAGACAGACCUGAUUGAGCCCACCCUGCUGGAGGAGCUCAUCUGCCACAUUGGCACGCUGGCUUCCGUCUACCACAAACCCCCCAGCGCCUUCGUGGAGGGCAGCCGCGGUGUGAUGCACAGGAGGCUCCCCGCCCGCACUGGGUCGUGAGUCUCAUACACGCACAUCACUUAGGGCCCACAUGAUGUGACCCAGAGCAGUCAGAAAGAUCUCGUAUGAGGCUGUGCUCCAAGCAGACAUCAAGUGCAGCCCACUGCACAGAGCAGAUUAAGUUUACUGCCAUUUAAUUGUUAUUUUCAUUGGAUUUAAGAUGUGCUAGUGGUGUUUCCUAAAAUUACUUUAGGACCAAUUUUAAGCAGGUUUGGUUUAUUGAAUAAAUAGUUCCAGAUAAUUUAGCUUGGCUGGGACUAGACCUAUAUUAUGUUUUUUGGCACAAAACACUGCAUUUAUGAAUUCAAACAAGUUUAAACAAGUAAAAAACGUUCUUAAAUGCCCCCUUUUAUUGUGUGAAUCUUAGUUCUCUCUAACUCCCUCUGUCCUUGUCUCUCCAUCCCCCAGAGGAGAGAGUACUGAGAGCCCAGACGUGGGCACUGCUGCUGGGGGCUCUGCCCCUGAGGCUGCACCCUCUAUCAUCCCCUCCCAGGGGGACCUCCUGGGGGACCUGCUCAACCUGGACAUUGCACCCUCCACCACCACCGGCCCCCCACCACCCACCACCGGCAUGCAGAUGGGGGGCAUGGACCUCCUGGGUGGAGGUCUGGACAGCCUGGUAGGUAUCUCACAUAGUGUAGACUGCUAUGCUGCUACCCCUGGUCAACCAGUGAACCUUUUCUGGGUCAAAUGGUCUCUGCAAACAGUAAUUGUAGCCAAAGGUUACGGUUAUAAUACCCCCCCCCCCCCCCCCCCCCCCCCACCAAACCCCUAUUUUUUCCAGAAUUCUACUGUUUCUUUUCUUUUUCUUUUUUGACUGAGUGUUUUCCUCUGUUUAUUCAAUGCCACACCUGCAGAUGGGGGAUGAGUCUGAACCGGUAACUACAUGGAGGGAGAGGGCAUAGCUAUAGUCACACACCACAUUAUAUCAUCAUUAGUUAGAUGUAGUAGCUCACUAUUAUUGUAUGUACUAUAUCUAUCAUACUGUGUGCUGUAUUCACCUCUUCAAUAUUCUUUCUCUGUGCUUCAUGCAUCCUGAUUGUUACAUGUCAAUGAAUACAUCAUCUGACAACCCUACAUUAUUCUGCUAUCAGCCCCAUGUUCCCCCGCGGAUGGACACUCCUCGGUCUCCGUCACCUCAGCCCCCGUCACCAGUGUACACCCACACUGACUACACCUACACUGACUACAGUCACACUGACAGCCCUCCUGACCACAGCCCUACUGAGCACAGCCCCCCUGCAGAGGUUGGUUGAGGGGCAUCAUAGAGGCUGCUAAACAGUCUAGACUAGAGUCCCCCUAUGGUACCCUGUGUUCCACUAUGACCUCUCACCGUCUCUAGCAGCAGUGUCACUGUCUGUUUCCUCUUGUCUAGACAUGUUUCUUUAGUUCCCUCUAAGUUUAUUUCAGGCCUCUGGGACUCUUGUAGGUCCUGUUCUUGUUGUUCCAAAAUACCUUACUGUAGCUAGCUAGCUGUAUUUCUAUCACUUGAUGAUUUUUACACACUACUCUAGACUUUUGGCCCCCAAUCAUUUGUCGUUUUCAUUUGCACUGAUCUUUUCAUGAAAUGUUUUUGAGUAAGAUGUAUUUCAAUACUGAAUUCUCUGUGAAACCACCUAACGGACCACAGUGCUGGCAAACAGUUGGCAUUUAGUUUCAGAGGGAUGUCAGAAUGAACCUGAAUACAUGAUGCUCGUCCUGCGCUCUUCAACCUCCCUCCAGUAGCUUUCAUCCACAGUUCUAGAACACUGUUAUAUUGUCUAUGCUCUCAACCCCUCAUUACACACCCACCUCCCUCAGUCUUCCUCUAGCAUCUCCCUCUCAACCUGCUGGGAAUAAGGUGUAACAUGCUAGUAAUGUAGAACCUAAACUUCUCUCUCUCUCAGCUUGGAGGAGAUAUUGGUGGGAGUCCUGCGGUAAGUCUACUUACCUGGUUGUUUAAACAUUAAUUUUGAAGGUUGAUAUUUCAGUGCAGUUUUUGGAUGUUCAGGUCUUAUUAAACAUGAUCUCUCAUCCACAGAUGGGGGCAGGUUUUGGGGUGGCUCCUGCUGUAAUGCCAGCCUCGCUUAACGCCCCUGUGGGGGGUGGCCUAGGAGACCUGUUUGACCUGGGAGGUGGGGUUGGCAUGCCGAUGGGAGCAUACAUUCCUCCCAAAACAGUAAGUCUCUCCGUACAGUAUAAGUACAAUUAGUAUGAUAGUAGAUUGUUGCAGUGUCAGAUCAGUAUGCGGAAUAGAAUAAGUGUUUUGUAUUUAUAUGAUGGCCUUGUCCUCUGCAACAAGCAGUUAGAUGGACAUAGCUGCUUUAUGAUACUGCUGAAGCGCUGUAGAGGUGUUCUCCUGAUGGCGUCCUGUGUCCUCAGGUGUGGCUCCCGGCCAUGAAGGCUAAAGGUCUGGAGAUUUCUGGGACCUUCGCUCGGCGUGCUGGAGUCAUCCAGAUGGAGCUGAUCCUCACCAACAAGGCCAUGAGCGUCAUGACCGACUUCGCCAUCCAGUUCAACAGGAACAGGUGAGAGGACCAUACUGUGACUGAAUGACUGUCACUGAACCCAUCCAUCUCUGGUCUGAAUGGGAAUUCCUCUUGGGUGGUUUCUGGUUCUGACUUGGAUUCGUCUUUCUCUAGUUUUGGCCUGGCCCCUGCCGGCCCUCUCCAGGUCCUCACCCCUCUCGGCCCAAACCAGACCAUUGAAGUCAGCCUCCCCCUCAGCACUGUUGGGCCAGUCAUGAAGAUGGAGCCUCUCAACAACCUGCAGGUAACCUUCCCACAAUGUUAGUUGUACAGGAUGUUUCAGAACUAGGCUGCUGCAGAGUUAGACACAUUGUUUUAAAUGUCAGCUUGAAAUAUUGUUACCACAUGGGAUGUCAGCUUUGGCCUUGACAAGCAAAGAAAUUAACUUGAAUACAAAGCGUUAUGUUUGGGGCAAACCCUUCAUAUUUUGAAGCAUGGUGGUGGCUGCGUCAAGUUAUGGGUAUGCUUGUCAUCGGCAAGGACUAGGGAGUGUUUUUAGGAUAAAACGAAAUGGAAUCGAGUUAAGCACAGGCAAAAUCCUAGAGGAAAACCUGGUUCAGUCUGCUUUCCAAAAGACACUGGGAGACAAAUUCACCUUUCAGCAGGACAAUAACCUAAAACACAAGGCCAAAUAUACACUGGAGUUGCUUACCAAGACGACAUUGAAUGUUCCAGAGUGGCCUAGUUACUGUUUGGACUUAAAUCGGCUUGAAAAUCAAUGGCAAGACUUGAAAAUGGCUGUCUAGCAAUGAUCAACAACCAGCUUGACAGAGCUUGAAGAAUUUUUAAAAGUGUGCAAAUAUUGUACAAUCCAGGUGUGUAAUGCUCCUAGACUUACCCAGAAAAACAUACAGCUGUAAUCGCUGGCAAAGCUGAUGCUACUUAUGUAAAUGAGAGAUUUCUGUAUUUCAUUUUCAAUAAAUUAGCAAACAUUUCUAAAAACAUGUUUUCACUUUGUCAUUAUGGGGUAUUGUGUGUAGAGGGGUGAGAAAUCUAUUGAAUCUCUUUUUGAAUUCAGGCUGUAACAAAAAAAUAAGUUGAAUAAGUCAACAUGUAUGAAUACACUGUAUGCCUUGUUAAUUAUAUAGCACAGCCCCCAGUUGAUUUUGUUCAGUCCUCAUUGUCUUAGCUGUGUCCUAGCUUCACCUCAAAUCAUGUUCAAAUACUGUCAGGUUAUUGAAAUUCCUGUGCUACAGAAACAAAGGAUGAAAUAUGACCUAAGAAAGCCUCUGGAACUUGUUAUUAGUUCAGAAACAGAACUGAGAGAGACGGGGCCUCUUUAGAUCAGAGCAGUCCUCCGAUGACUUAGAGGGAUGGAAGGAGGGUGGAAGGAUGGAACAUUGUGCAGCUGGUGAGAGGAGAUAAGAGGGUCCAGGAGAAAUGAGCGAGAGGUGGGGGAUAGUCAUUAGCGGUCACCCCACUCUGUGGUAUUAGUCUACACCACGGUUCUGCUCUGUUUCCCUUGGCGCCAACACUACUCCUCCCAGCCAGCUGUAUUCCUACAGGAGGAGGAAUAGCUGGGGCCUCUGUACUGGACCUGCUGACAGUUAUUCAGCCAACAGUCACUUUCUCAUAUCACCUGAUGGAAAUGCUUUACUCAUCACUGCUAAACUAUUUGUUCCAUACAGGCCCAGGACUUUUAUGAUGGUACUGUAGGCUAUAAAAACAAAUAGUUUAGCAGCAGUGAUAAUAAAAGGGUUUCCAUUAUGAUCCAGUCAGUUGUGUGAAGGUACGAGAGAGACGUAGGGAGACCGAGGGAUACAGAAUAGCCCCACUCAGUAUAGACAGCCUGGCAGGCACAGAGGCACUCUGUCCACACAGCACCAAUACUCUCUUUAUGAAUUAUUCAAGAGUUUCCCCUUCCCUCCACAGGCUCAACUCAACCUCAUUGUCCUCAUCACUCUUCUAUAGAGCAGGCGAUCAAUACGGUGACCGCUCUAGGCUCCACAAAGUUCUUAGAGAGUAGACUAUGGUUGAAUCCCAAAUAUUCCCCUGUUCCCUAUAUUGUUCGGGCCCUGGUCAUAAGUAGUGUACUAUAAAGGGAAUAGGGUACCAUUUGGGAUGUCCUAUGUCAAGCUUAAAUUAAGAUUUAGUCAAAUGGCCUUUUUAUGCAUCAUCUGGUCUACGGACAAGUCUUUUUUUUAUUUUUUAUUUUUAUGGUAUCUUUAUUCUCCAGUUGUCAGAGAAAAACAGACUGGAUAAACGGAGAGGGAGGAAUAAAAUAUGUUGCCUUAACAAAUGGGCCUCAAAAAUACAGAGAAAGAGAUGGAGAGAGAUCAUCACAUUGUGUAGUAGAAUAGUGCAGUGGAUGCUAUCAUAUGUCGUCGUCUUCACAGGACAAUAACCUCUCUUGUUCAAUAACCCCACACAUGCCCUGCAGUGUCUGUCCUUUCAGACCACUUGAAAACAAUGAGUCAUAGAUUGCCCUCUUCAUCUCUCGGUCCUUUCCCUCCUCCCUCUCUCUCCCCCUCCCCUCUGUGUAAUCAAUCUCACAGGUGGCUGUGAAGAACAACAUUGACGUCUUCUACUUCAGCUGCCAAUACCCCAUCAGCAUGCUGUUUGUGGAAGAUGGAAAGAUGGGUAAGUGUGCCUGAAUAAACUACUCAGUGAAUCAGUGCGUCACUGUUGAUUUUAGAUUUAUUAGGUUCCCCAUUAGCCGACACCAGUGGCGACAGCUAGUCUUACUGGGGUCCAACACAUAACGAAAAAGACAUUACAGACAAAAUACUUUACAAUUUACAUAAAUGUAAAAACAUUAACAUGUAGUGUCUCCUGUCAAUAGCCUCAAACCAGGUUAAGGUCAGCUCGUGACCAUUACAUCAAUCUCUAAAAGCUGUGUGUGUGUGUGUGUGCGCACUUAAGUAUCUAGUCAUGCAUUUGCUCUCAGAUCACACAAUCCUGACGUUGGGUCCAAUUUGCCCUGUUGUUCUUUUCCCGCUCUGGUUGAUUCAUUCUGGGGGAAUGUGGUGGUGUCUGUCCCCCUGUGGAGACUGCAGAUGGGGCGAGCAGCAGGAACGCUGCUGGAGGCUGGGAGCUAAUGUUCCGGAUCCUGAAAGCACAACAGGAACCGCACUGUUCAGCACAGAAACAAACAGUUUACCUUUCAUUAGUUUUUUAUUUCCAUUUGCUCUCUCGUCCUCGGUCUCCCGCGUAUUCUGCUCUCUCUCUUUCUCUCUGUCUGUCUCUGUCUGUCUGUCAUUCCUUCCUUCCUUCCUUCCUUCCUUCCUUCCUUCCUUCCUUCCUUCCUUCCUCCUUCCUUCCUUCCUUCCUUCCUUCCUUCCUUCCUUCCCACCAUCUUAACUCUUCUUUGUAUCUCUCCCCAGAGCGUCAGGUGUUCCUGGCCACAUGGAAAGACAUUCCUAACGACAAUGAGUCUCAGUUCCAGAUCAAAGACUGUCAUCUCAACUCAGGUGAGACAGACUAAGAUGAAGAAGGGAUUGAAGGGAUUAAUGGAGAGGAGGAGAAUGUGCACCUCUACAUGCUUUAUGUGUUAAGACAGCUUGACAUGUGACCUGGGAUAUGGAGCUGUGGGAACAGACUGGAGCUCUGACCGGGCGUGGUUCUAGUGCAUUCGGAAAGUAUUCAGAACCCUUGACUUUUUGUUACGUUACAGCUUUAGUCUAAAAUUGAUUUUAAUUGUUUUUUUUCCUCAUCAAUCUACACACAAUACCCCAUAAUGACGAAGCGAAAAUUGGUUUUUAGAAAUGUUGGCAAUAUUAAAAAUACAAAACGGAUAACUUAUUUACAUAAGUAUUCAGACCCUUUGCUAUGAGACUCGAAAUUGAGCUGCGGUGCAUCCUGUUUCCAUUGAUGAUCCUUGAGAUGUUUCUACAACUUGGAGUCCACCUGUGGUAAAUUAAAUUGAUUGGACAUGAUUUGGGAAGGUACACACCUGUCUAUUUAAGGUCCCACAGUUGACAGUGCAUGUCAAUUUGGUUUUACACAAGCAUGAAAACAGCUGGGUCUGAGCUAAAUGACUAAAGACAGCUUAUAGUAUAUUUCCCUGAAUAGAUGUAAUUUCCUUUAGAGUGAAAAUUGAUGGUUUAGACCUUACUGUAGUGAGACAGAGCGACACCGUGGGCAAGUUAAUUAAGGAGUAUAUAUUUGCUAUGCAGGUAGUUUAAACAGAGUGACUGUAAUUGAAAAUAGAGUUGAGCUUUUGAAUGAAAAAGCAAGGGCUUAGUUAGACUAUGGCAGAGUUUUAUCAGUGCUCUGCAGAUGAGUAAAGCCACAGACCAUGAAAAGAGACUUGUGUUUCAGAAAGAAAGAAUUCAGAGAAAUAGAGCUAUGCCGGUUAAACUAUAUAUACAACAGUAUGAAAUGAGUGGAUUUGGCCAUUUCAGCCACACCCGUUGCUGACAGGUGUAUAAAAUCGAGCACACAGCCAUGCAAUCUCCAUAGACAAACAUUGACAGUCGAAUGGCCUUACUGAAGAGCUCAGUGACUUUCAAUGUGGCACCGUCAUAGGAUGCCACCUUUCCAACAAGUCAGUUCGUCAAAUUUCUGCCCUGUUAGAGCUGCCCUGGUCAACUAUAAGUGCUGUUAUUGUGAAGUGGAAACAUCUUGGCGCAACAACAGCUCAGCCGCGAAAAGGUAGGCCACACAAGCUCACAGAACGUGACCGCUGAAGUGCGUUGCGCGUAAAAAUUGUCUGUACUUGGUAGCAACACUCACUACAGAGUUCCAAACUGCCUCUGGAAGCAACAUCAGCACAAUAACUGUUCGUCAGGAGCUUCAUGAAAUGGGUUUCCAUGGCUGAGCAGCCUAAGAUCAUCAUGCACAAUGCCAAGCGUCUGCUGGAGUGGUGUAAAGCUCGCCACCAUUAGACUCUGGAGCAGUGGAAACACGUUCUCUGAAGUGAUUAAUCACGCUUCACCGUCUGACGGAUUAAUCUGGGUUUGGCGGAUCCCAGGAAAACGCUAACUGCCCCAAUGCAUAGUGCCAACUGUAAUGUUUAGUGGAGGAGGAAUAAUGGUCUGGGGCUGUUUUUCAUGGUCGGGCUUGGCCCCUUAGUUCCAGUGAAGGGAAAUCUUAACUCUACAGCAUACAAUGACAUGCUAGACGAUUCUGUGCUUCCAACUUUGUGGCAACCGUUUGGGGAAGGCUCUUUCCUGUUUCAGCAUGACAAUGCCCCCGUGCACAAAGCGAGGUCCAUAGAGAAAUGGUUUGUCGAUCGGUGUGGAAGAACUUGACUGGCCUGCACAGAGCCCUGACCUCAACCCCAUCGAACACCUUUGGGGAUUCAUUGGAACGCAGACUGCGAGCCAGGCCUAAUCGCCCAACAUCAGUGCCCGACCUCACUAAUGUUCUUGUGGCUGAAUGGAAGCAAGUCCCCGCAGCAAUGUUCCAACAUCUAGAGGAAAGCCAUCCCAGAAGAGUGGAGGCUGUUAUAGCAGCAAAGGGGGACCAACUCCAUAUUAAUGCCCAUGAUUUUAGAAUGAGAUGUUCGACGAGCAGGUGUCCAUACUUUUGGUCAUGUAGUGUAUAUAGAGUAGAACUGAAAGAGUAUGGUAUAUGGACUGAGAAGGGAAAGGGUGAGGAAUGAGUGUGAUCUAAUGGAGUGUAAUAACUGGUGGCCAGGAGUUUGCAGCUCCACUAGGACGAAGAGCUUGGUCUACUACCUGCCUUUCCAGAGCAGAUGAUGGACAACCGCCUGGUUCCAUUAUGGUACUGCAAUGCCAUCCCCAAGCCCCUUCCCAUUAAAGUUGAACAGUAAAAUAGCUGAAGGUCCAGGCCUCUGCAUGGAGGCCUAUUAGAUGGAGCCAUCAUAUUGCUUCAUUCUGAUCCCCUCAGUUACAGUAGACAAGCUUUAUUUAGUGAACAUGUGGCGAUGAACCAGUGUUUGCCUGUGAGAAAAUGAUUGAAAAAGUAAUAUAAUAUACAUGCAACAAUUUCAAAGAUUUUACGGAGUUACAGUUCAUUUAAGGAAAUCGGUCAAUUUGAAAUAAAUUCAUUAGGCCCUAAUCUAUGGAUUUCACAUGACUGGGAAUACAGAUAUGCAUCUGUUGGUCACAGAUACCUUAAAAGAAAUGGGCCUCAGGAUCCCGUCACAGUAUUUCUGUGCAUUCAAAUUGCCAUAGAUAAAAUGCAGUUGUGUUCAUUGUCCGUAGCUUACAGUGAGGGAAAAUAGUAUUUGAUCCCCUGCUGAUUUUGUACGUUUUCCCACUGACAAAGACAUGAUCAGUCCUAUAAUUUUAAUGGUAGGUUUAUUUGAACAGUGAGAGACAGAAUAACAACAACAAAAAUCCAGAAAAACGCAUGUCAAAAAUGUUAUAAAUUGAUUUGCAUUUUAAUGCCCGUACCAUAACCCCACCGCCACCAUGGGGCGCUCUGUUCACAACGUUGACAUCAGCAAACCGCUCUCCCACAUGAUGCCAUACACGUGGGCUGCGGUUUUGAGGCCGGUUGGAUGUACUACCAAAUUCUCUAAAACCAUGUUGGUAGAGAAAUGAACGUUCAAUUCUCUGGCAACCGCUCUGGUGGACAUUCCUGCAGUCAGCAUGCCAAGUGCACGCUCCUUCAAAACUUGAGGGAGUGCCAAUUGCGCACUCCCUCAACUUGAGACAUCUGUGGCAUUGUGUUGUGUGACAAAACUGUACAUUUUAGAGUAACCUUUUAUUGUCCCCAGCACAAGGUUCACCUGUGUAAUGAUCAUGCCAUUUAAUCAGCUUCUUUUAUAUGCCACACCUGUCAGGUGGAUCUAUUAUCUUGGCAAAGGUGAAAUGCUCACUAACAGAGAGAAAUAAGCUUUUUGUGCAUAUGGAAAAUGUCUGGUAUCAUUUAUUUCAGCUCACGAAACAUAGGACCAACACUUUACAUGUUGCGUUUAUAUUUUUGUUGGAUGGAUAGAUACACAGUGGGGUCUGAAAAAUAUAAACGCAACAUGCAACGAUUUCAAAGAUUUUACUGAGUUACAGUUCAUAUAAGGAAAUCAGUCAAUUUAAAUAAAUUCAUUAGGCCCUAAUCUAUAGAUUUCACAUGACUGGGCAGAGGUGCAACUGGGGAGCCAGUCCCAGCCAAUCAGAAUGAGUUUUUCCCCACAAAAUGGCUUUAUUACAGACAAAUACUCUUCAGCACCCCCUCAGACGAUCCCGCAGGUGAAAAAGCCAGAUGUAGAGGUCCUGGGCUGGCGUGGUUACACGUGGUCUGCUGUUGUGAGGCCGGUUGGACGUACUGCCAAAUUCUCAAAAACGACGUUGGAGGCAGCUUAUGGUAGAGAAAUGAAGAUUAAAUUCUCUGGCAAUGGCUCUGGUGGACAUUCCUGCAGUCAGCAUGCCAAGUGCACGCUCCUUCAAAACUUGAGACAUCUUUGGCAUUGUGUUGUGUGACAAAACUGCACCUUUUUAAAGUGGCCUUUUAUUGUCCCCAGCACAAGGUGCACCUGUGUAAUGAUCAUGCUGUUUAAUCAGCUUCUCGAUAUGCCACACCUGUCAGGUGGAUGGAUUAUCUUGGCAAAGGAGAAAUGCACACUAACAGGGAUGUAAACCUAUUUGUGCACAAAAUUUGAGAGAAAUAAGCUUUUUGUGCUUAUUGAACAUUUCUGGGAUUGUUAUUUCAGCUCAUGAAACAUGGGACCAACACUUUACAUAUUGCAUUUGUUUUUGUUCAGUAUAUUAACACCCCAUAAGAUUAUUUAUUUCUAAACAAGGUAGUCAAAAGAUGAGGAUUUAAUCCCAUAGUCCUAGCACGCAAUGACUACAUCAAGCUUGUGACUACAAACUUGUUGGAUGCAUUUGCACUUCAUUUAGGUUGUUUCAGAUAAUUUUGUGCCCAAUAGAAAUGAAUGGUAAAUAAUGUAUUGUCACUUUUAUUAUGAAUAGAAAAUGUUUCUAAACAUGUCUACGUUAAUGUCGAUGUUACCAUGAUUACGGAUAAUCCUGAAUGAAUUGUGAAUAAUAAUGAUGAGUGAAGUUUACAGAGGGUCAAAGAUUGUAUGAUCUUUGACCCUCUGUAACCUUCUCACUCAUCAUUAUUAUAUGUAGUGCCUGACUAUAUAAAGUUUUAAAAUGUCAACUGUGUAUUUCAAAUUUUAAGAAGAAGUGACACAGAUUGUGGUUGAGGGUUAUUCUCUUAUCCCCCUAAACAGAUGCAGCCAGCAACAAGCUGCAGGGCAGUAACAUCUUCACCAUAGCCAAGCGCACGGUGGAGGGCCAGGACAUGCUCUACAUGUCCAUCAAACUGUCCAACGGCAUCUGGGUGCUGGCUGAACUGAGGGUGCAGGCUGGAAACCCCAACUACACGGUGAGGACAGGGGAGGGACGGAGAACAACAUUAUCAAAGGAGAGAGAAAUCUAGGAGAGAGGGGUGGAUAAGAAUAACUUCAGUGGCAGCGGAGCGGGUGUGUAGGGAGGGAGUGGGGAUGAAUAGAGAUGAGGAUGAUCUGGAGUGUUUAUGUGUGUACAUAUGGGUGAAUUUGGUGAGUCAUCAUCACCACCAACUCUGUUGGCUAAGUAUAUUUCACCUGAGGGAUCCGUGUGUGUAUUGUUUCAUUUGUGACGCAUGUGUGACUCAUUGUGUGUGUUAGUGUACUGUUGUCGGCUUACUUGGUUAUUAGCAGUAGCCCAGGACAUUGUGCCUGACUAUUCCAGAACAGUGACCUUGACAUGACUCCUCAGCCCAUCUCAUUAGUCAAUGUGCUUUAGGAUCAUGUUUUUAUUCAUUAUACAGGCAUUUACUGUCUUCUUUCCCCAGCCCAGAUGAGUCAAUUUACAGUGCCUUCGGAAAGUAUUCAGACCCUUUGACCUUUUCCAAAUGUUGUUACAUUACAGCCUUAUUUUUAAAUGGAUUAAAAAUGGUUUUAUCCUCCGCAAUCUACACACAAUACCCCAUAAUGACAAAGCGAAAAUAGGUUUUUAGAAAUUUUAAGUAUUCAGCUGCUUUGCUAUGAGACUCGAAAUUGAGCUCAGAUGCAUCCUGUUUCCAUUUAUCAUCCUUGAGAUGUUUCUAGAACUUGAUUGCAGUCCACCUGUGGUAAAUGUAAUUGAUUGGACAUGAUUUGGGAAGGCACACAACUGUCUAUGAAAGGUCCCACAGUUGACCUCAGCAAAAACCAAGCCAUGAGGUCGAAGGAACUGUCCAUAGAGCUCUGAGACAGGAUUGUGUCAAGGCACAGAUCUGGGGAAGGGUACCAAAACAUUUCUGCAGCAUUGAAGGUCCCCAAGAACACAGUGCCCUCCAUCAUUCUUAAAUUGAAGAAGUUUGGAACCACCAAGACUCUUCCUAGAGCUGACCGCCCGGGCAAACUGAGCAAUCGGGGGAGAAGGGCCUUGGUCAGUGAGGUGACCAAGAACCCGAUGGUCACUCUGACAGAGCUCUAGAGUUCCUCUGUGGAGAUGGGAGAACCUUCCAGAAGGACAACCAUCUCUGCAGCACUCCUCCAAUCAGGCUUUUAUGGUAGAGUGGCCAGACUGAAGCCACUCCUCAGUCAUUUGGCCUGAAUGCCAAGCGUCACGUUUGGAUGAAACCUGGCACCAUCCCUAUGGUGAAGCAUGGUGGUGGAAGCAUCAUGCUGUGGGGAUGUUUUUCACCGGCAGGGACUGGGAGACUAGUCAGGAUCGAGGGAAAGAUGAACGGAGCAAAGUACAGAGAGAUACUUGAUGAAAACCUGCUCCAGAGUGCUCAGGACCUCAGACUGGGGCCAAGGUUCACCUUCCAACAGGACAACGACCCUAACCACACAACCAAGACAACGCAGGGGUGGCUUCAGGACAAGUCUCUGAAUGUCCUUGAGUGGCCCAGCCAGAGCCUGGACUUGAACCAGAUCUAACAUCUCUGGAGAGACCUGAAAAUAGCUGUGCAGCAACGCUCCCCAUCCAACCUGAUAGAGCUUGAGAGGAUCUGCAGAGAAGAAUGGGAGAAACUCCCCAAAUACAGGUGUGCCAAGCUUGUAGCGUCAUACCCAAGAAGACUCUCGGCUGUAGUCGCUGCCAAAGGUGCUUCAACAAAGUAUUGAGUAAAUUGUCUGAAUACUUAUGUAAAUGUGAUAUUUCAUAUUUUUUUAAUGAUAAAUUAGCAAACAUUUCUAAAAACCUGUUUGUGCGUUGUCAUUAUGGGGUAUUGUGUGUAGAUUGAGGGAAAAAACUACAAUUUAAUCAAUUUUAGAAUAAGGCUGUAACGUAACAAAGUGGAAAAAGUCAAGGGGUCUGAAUACUUUCCGAAGGCUCUGUAUGUCAGUCAAUCUACUGUCUUAGUCCAUCUGUCUCAAAUGUAGCAUUUUUAAAUUGAAUUCCUCCACAUUUCAUUAUUUUGGAUUCAACUUGACUCAUCUGUCAGUGGUUGAAGCUUCUGGAUUUUUCUGUCUAUUGGUAUUUUCAUUCAGGAGAUGAAUAAGGGUUUUCAGUCUGACAUGAAAUGACUCAACUGAGGUGUUUGAUCCGCCCUUGACUGUUUGUCUUGUUCUGUUAGUAUGUCUGUAGUCAUGUUUGUAGUUGAUGUGUUUUUGUCCUUGUUUUUCUGUCUCCACUUGUGCUGUUCUUAAUUUGUCCAGGAUUUGGAGGUUGGUUUUCUUUCAUAUUUAUAUCCCUCAGCCUGAACAACUGUCUGGAUUUGCCCUCUUUCUGUUCCUUUCUCCUCUUCCUUCUGCCCCUGUCUGUUUGUCUUUAGUUCAUCUGUCUGUCCGUCCUCUGGUCUGUCUCCGUCCACUGGACUCUCUGGCCCUUAAGGCUCUCUUCCUCCCUACAGAUGAUUACCAUCAGAAGAUCUGUAUCCGCCGCUAAAGAUGCUAACAUGUUGAAUGUGUGCAGCAUGCACUCUCACCUCUGUGCUGCUACUGCAUGGAUCUGAUGCUCUCUCAGUAUAACACGUGAAAGUCAACCUGACCACAUGCUUGUGUUAAGCAGUUAUUUUUAGCCUGAGAAAAUAACAUUGUGGAUCGUACUCAGCCUGUGGGAAGAUUCCACAGCUCCCUUUAGAAAGGCAGUAAUGCUGACAUCAGUAAAGAAACUAUACCAUCCUAACUCUUGAGGGGUUAGCUGACAACGUCACGAAAACGAUGCAUGUGAUUCAGUGGGGCAGAAGUCUGUGUGUUGUUGUUAUUCUGGAUGGCCAGAUAGCUAGCAACAAUGCCAAGAAGCUGCCCUGUGGGGAAUCAUAAGUGGCUCGUUUUGUCUUGUUCUUGAUACCAUGUUUUGUUUCGAGGUGUCUUGACUGAUGUCAUGUCUAUGCUAAUAUGGCAAAAAUUCGCUAUCUAGCUAACCAACAACCGUAACGAUGUAUUUGAGAGAAGUGCUCUUUGUGCAAAUUUGUUUAUGUUUUCAAUAAACAUUGGAGACUAAAUAUAGUUUACGUGUUGUCAACAAUCUAAGCCAACCCUGUCUGUUUUUCCCCAUAGUUGAGCACACGUCGGUUUGGUUGCUAAACAACCAACCCGUCUAUACUAACUGGGUGUACUCUAACGUAACGUUGCUAACCCCAAGGCUCCUCCAUCACCCCACCUAUUUGGUCCCAGUUAUCCCAUGAUGCUCUGCUUCUUAGCUCUACCUUUUGAAGUGGACCGGAGGGCCCUCACCUCCCGUCCCCAUGGCAACAGUGUGACCAAUGGCAAGGGCUGGUUCACUCCCCCCUCCCCAAGAGUGGCUAAUUGCAGGGGUUUGUGGGAGAAUGGUGCUCUGGCACAGCCAGCAUCACGACCGUGCCAUCAUACACACAUCUUCUAUUUACUCCUCUUUCAUCUCUCCUUUCUUCUUCCCCCAUUCAUCUCUCAAUCUACGGUACCCUUAUAUGGUGCAGCAAUCUGAGCAUCUUUACAUCUUCCUACAUCUCCCACACUCCUGCAACACUUCCACCACCCACCUGCACUGUUUCUACCAAUCACUAUUCUCUACAGCUAAUAAUUUUUCUCCUCUGUCCUUUAUUCUCUCACUCUCUCCUCCACACUCCACCCUCAUAUUGACUCACAGGCAGAUUAUUCAGCAGCAUUUACAAAGCCUUAAGCAGAAUGCCCACACACCAUGUAACCUCGCUGAUCAGAGCUUUUUUACAAUCUGGUUUAAUAAGCUGAUCCAAACGACAGCCAACACAGCCUCGUUUUCUCCAACCUGGCCUAAUGCUGACGGCAUAGAGGGAGAGGUUGUGUGUGUUUCUGACUAAUCACGCCAGCACCACUAUGCAUUAGUAAAGAGCCAGCAGUACACAGAGCAGCAGCAGCCCUACAGGGAGAGGUUGUGCAGUGUUCCCACUAGUCUAGCGCAGCACUGUGGAAUGUACCAACACAGUGCUGGGGGACACGCUGCCACCAUGGCACAGCAGUGUGAUCUCCUGUCCCAUUGGUCAGAGAGGGACCUGGUGUGAACCUCUGUCUGAUGGGACUUCAAAUGCUUCUGGACCGUUAAUGACAACUGUCAUUAGAACUGCUCAGCCCGAGCUAACCGGAACUCUCCACACAAUCACCCUGGCACCUCAAACACACGGCUACAGUAGUACUGCUUCAAUCACACCGAUUUUUAGCUUUUCCUGCAUGAGCUCUGAUGAAAAGGAAACCGCCUCCAAGAGCUCUAUUAGAUCCUGCAGCAACAGACUCUCUAAACUUCACAAGCAGAACGGGGGAAGGAGAGAGGGAAUGAGACCGUUUUUUUUCUUUUUCCGCUCCAAGCUGAUAAGAUUGAAUAAAAGGCAGCAUUUAUAAUGCUAAUAAAUUCUCCCCUGCAAAUAAAAUUAAACAAAAUGCCUCUGCUAAAAUGGUGGGAAUAGAGGAGGAGGUUGGGAGUUACUCACUCUUCUCUUCACGCAUGAGUCAGUGAAGCUGCUGAAAUAAUUACAAUGCUUAUUAAACAGACAGUGCUUAAAGUCCUGCCGUUACAGUUGCAUUGCACUAACUGACUAGACUAGCAUAUCAAAAGGAGCUUUUCUUGAAAGUAUGAAAAAGUUGCCUGGCGAAUUAGCCUUUAUCCUGUCCAUACAGCUUUCGUCAUCCCUGAAAAGGCUCGCUCUCUGUUAAGGAUGUUCUCUCUGUUAAGGAUGUUCUCUCUGUUAAGGAUGUUCUGUUUUGUUGAUUUAGUUAUUAAAUAGAAAAUGUACUGUAUAUUAUUGAUUUGCGUACCUAGCUUGUCCAUGUCUUUCUAAAAAAAACUAAUUGUUUCUACCUGUUGUUAGUUCUCUAGCAUGUCACACUGGCUUUUAAAUCUGAACUAGUCUUCUUAUUGACCAGGAGCUCUGAACACCGAACACCUGGCUAACAGAAAUGACUACCAUCUCCUUGCCCAGCCAGACCAUGUAGUAACUAACUCUGUCUCUUCUCUCUCCUCAGAUCUCUCUGAAGUGCAGAGCACCAGAGGUGUCCCAGUGUGUGUUCCAGUGCUAUGAGGCAGUGCUGAAGAACUGA